AUGGACGACGACCUAUUCGAUGUCUUCGAGGACCAGCCCGGCAAGGUCAAAGAUGAGCCCCAGUCCUCGCCGCCCGCCAAGUCCAAGAAUAAAAAGAACAAGAAGAAGCGCAAGGCAGUCGAGGCUCUGGACAACGGCGACAUCGAGACCGAGACACGUUCCGCACCCGAACCUGAUGUGGACAUGGCCGACGUAGAGCCCACCUCGGCCGAAGACGAGGCUGAUGAUAUAGAAGAGGAUGGCCAAACCGUAUCCGAGGGCCACCAGGACAUCAAGCGCAGGAAGAAGGAGGAGAAGGCAGAGCCAGUCAUUACAGACUCGUUCCAGACGGCCGAAUCGAGAGAGCUUGCAGCUGCAUCAGGCUUCGCCAAGCAAGAUGAAGAGUCGUCUCUAGUUCUGUCCCAUAACAUUCAACAUCAGGUCGCACUGCCACCGGAUCUUGAUUACGAAUACGUGCCGCUUUCGGAACAUAAACCGCCUGCCGACCCUGCCCGGUCCUGGCCCUUCACCCUCGAUCCUUUCCAGCGCCUAUCAAUUUCUUCCAUUGAGAGAGAUGAGAGUGUUCUGGUCUCAGCCCACACCAGUGCUGGAAAGACUGUCGUUGCAGAGUAUGCCAUUGCGCAAUGUCUCAAGAAAAAUACUCGUGUCAUCUACACCAGUCCCAUCAAGGCCCUCAGUAACCAGAAGUAUCGUGAAUUUAACGAGGCUUUUGGUGAUGUCGGUCUCAUGACUGGUGAUGUCACAAUCAACCCGACUGCUAGUUGUCUUGUUAUGACCACAGAAAUUCUGCGAUCUAUGCUGUAUCGAGGUUCGGAGAUUAUGCGUGAAGUCGCUUGGGUCGUUUUUGACGAAAUCCACUACAUGAGAGACAAGACGAGAGGUGUUGUUUGGGAAGAGACCAUUAUUCUCCUUCCUGACAAGGUCCGCUAUGUCUUCCUGUCUGCCACCAUUCCCAACGCCUUUCAAUUCGCGGAAUGGAUUGCCAAGAUUCACAGACAGGCCUGCCACGUUGUCUACACGGAUUUCCGUCCUACGCCUCUGCAGAAUUACUUUUUCCCCUCGGGUGGAAAUGGUAUUUUCCUUGUUGUGGACGAGAAGAGUGUUUUCAGAGAAAACAACUUCCAAAAGACCAUGCAAAUGAUUGAGGAGAGAAAGGCCAGCGAAGCCAACGAUGUGGAUGCCAAAAUGCGAGGCAGGGGCAACAAGAAGAAGACCUUCAAGGGAGGCAAGGAUGAUGCCAAUGCUGAUAUCCAAAAGAUUGUCAAAAUGGUCAUGUCCAAGGGAUUCAACCCUGUCAUUGUCUUCAACUUCAGCAAGCGAGAGUGUGAGAUGAUGGCGCUCUUCACUUCCAAAUUCAGUUUCAACGAUGACAGUGAGAAGGCCAUGACACGCAAGGUCUUCUCGAGCGCGAUAGAAUCGCUAUCGGAAGCCGAUCGUGAAUUGCCCCAGAUCCAGAAUAUCUUGCCGCUUCUUGAAAAGGGUAUCGGUGUGCAUCAUUCAGGACUCUUGCCCAUUUUGAAGGAGACUAUCGAAAUUCUAUUCCAAGAAGGAUUGAUCAAGGUUCUUUUCGCUACCGAGACCUUUUCAAUUGGCUUGAACAUGCCGGCGAAGACGGUCGUUUUCACGCAAGUCAAAAAGUUUGACGGUACUACUAGGAGGCCGUUGACAUCGUCCGAGUAUAUUCAGAUGGCUGGAAGAGCUGGUCGUAGAGGGCUUGACGAGCGUGGAAUCGUCAUCAUGAUGAUUGACGAUAAGCUCGAGCCCGAAACUGCCAAAGAGAUUGUCGUUGGUCAGCAAGAUCGCCUGAACUCGGCCUUCCACUUGGGUUACAACAUGGUCCUCAACUUGCUCAGAAUUGAGGCCAUCUCUCCAGAGUUCAUGUUGGAGAACUGUUUCUUCCAAUUCCAGAACACUGCAAGUGUAGCUGGUUUGGAGCAAGAGCUGAUGAAGCUUCAGAAGGAGAGAGAUGGCAUGGCCAUUCCGGACGAAGCCACCAUCAAGGAUUACCACGGCCUGCGCCAACAGAUUGAGGCAUACACCAAAGAUAUGGUCUACGUCAUUCAGCACCCGAACUAUUGCUUAGACUUCUUGCAGCCUGGCAGGCUGAUUCAGAUCCAGAACCCCAAGACAGGCCAGGACUUUGGCUGGGGCGUUGUUGCAAACUUCACAGAACGUCGCAGUCCCAAGUUUGGAGAAAAGUCAUACGAACCACAAGAGUCUUACUUUGUUGACGUAUUCCUUCAUCUCGACCCCAAGGGCGAGGACUUUACUCCCUUGACCCAGCCACCCUCUGAGAUGCCCAACGGCGUGCUCCCCCUCAACGGAUCUCAAAACUCGCGCUUCGAGGUCGUGCCGUGUCUAUUCACCUGCAUAAAGGCAAUCAGCCAGAUCAGAGUCUUUAUGCCCAAGGAUAUUAAGAACCUAGAAGACAUUGAAGAAGUCCGCAAGACUGUCCUCAAAUCUCUGUCCGAGGUGGUUCGCCGUUUCCCCGAUGGCGUACCCAUUCUGGACCCUAUUGAGAACAUGGGCAUCACGGAUGACUCGUUCAAGAAGUUGUUGCGCAAGAUCGAGGUUCUCGAGUCUCGCCUACUGGCCAACCCCCUCCACGGAUCGCCUCUUCUUCCCGGAUUAUGGGAGCAAUACUCGAAGAAGCUGGCUCUGGCUGACAAGAUCAAGAAUUUGAAGAAGCAGAUUGGCAAGGCUCAUAGCAUUGCUCAACUCGAUGAACUAAAGUCUCGAAAGCGAGUCCUGCGUCGUCUUGGUUUCAUCAACGAUGCUGAAGUUGUCGAGAUGAAGGCUCGCGUAGCUUGCGAAAUUUCGUCAACAGAAGGUCACGAGUUGUUGUUAUCAGAGCUUCUGUUUAACCGUUUCUUCAACGAACUCAGCCCCGAGAUUAUUGCCUCUAUCCUCAGUGUUUUCAUCUUUGAGGAAAAGGUAGAAGCUGCUACGCUCAAGGACGAGCUACAGAAGCCAUAUUCUCAGGUACAAGCUCAGGCCAAGAUCAUCGCCAAGGUCAGCCAGGAAAGCAAGCUCGAUGUCAACGAGGAGGAAUACGCUCAAUCCCUCAAGUGGCAGCUCAUGGAGACUGUCUACGCCUGGGCUCAAGGAAAGCCUUUUGCAGAAGUUUGCAAAAUGACUGACGCCUACGAGGGCUCCCUUAUCCGUCUAUUCCGACGUCUGGAGGAGCUGCUGCGCCAGAUGGCCGAGGCUGCCAAGGUUAUGGGCAGUGAAGAGCUUGCUGAGAAGUUCAACGCCAGUCUCAAGAUGAUCAGACGUGACAUUGUCUCCGCACAGAGUUUGUAUCUGUAA